AUGUCCUCCAGGGCUUUACGGAAGCUGCAAAAGCAGCAAGAACAAGAAGUAGCAAAAGCUUCCCACGAAGUCUCGGAUGAAGAACUGUCAGACGACGAGCUACGUAAUUUUCAACCGGCACCAACGAAGUUUAAUGCCUUUGACUUGCUAGGAAGCCAAGAUGCUGAAGACGGGUCUGGUUCGGAAACCUCUCUCCCUGAGUCAGUUCAGACCUUGCAGAAGCCUUCCACUCCUUCAAAACCUAUAGAAACCAAGAAGAAAAAGAAGAAAAAGAAACGUGCCAAAAACUCUACAGGUGGCACAGAGAACCACAAAUCAGAUACUCCUGGCCCACAGGAACCUGAGUUGGAUGAGAUUGACCGCGCACUCCAAGCUUUGUCGACUAAAAAUCCGCUGCAAACUGAUGAACGCAACUUAGUCACGCGAGGAAAUACCGUGAAUGAACGACUAUCGGAGGAGUUUGACAAACUUCUCGCGAUUGACCAGCGGCGCCUCAAUGCUAUCAAUGAGAUGAGAAAGUUGUUCGGCAAUGUGGUAUUCGAACAUACCAACGAAACAACAAGUACGAGCACAAGCCGCAGGAAUAGACAUCAGCCUAUGGACCUUGGACAGGCACUAACCGGACGCUAUAACCCUGUCAGUCGUGGACAGGAUCUUGCGGGCGCUUCACUGCGCAAAAACAUUUUGAUGCAAGCGAAGGAUGAAUGGCCGCGGGCGACGAGUGGAGGUCUUGGAAUGGAAGUUGUGAACAAACUGCCGUCCGGCCAGACAGAAUAUAAGCUUGUUCAUAAUACAGCCUACAAAGAUGCUCAAAGGGAAUUUGAAAUUUGUGUCGAGUCAAUGGAACCAGAGAGAAUUAUACAUCAUUUACACUAUAAUCUCUCCGAGAUCGCGAAGGCCCAGGGUGACCAUGCGGUCUCUGGGGAUUUACUUGAAAGGGCUUUGUUCAAUAUCGGUCGCUCCGUCCACUCCUCAUUUGGCAACUGCCUAAAAGAAGGAAAAGCCAGAUUAAAUUUCAACAUCGCAGAAAACCGGGAGUUUUGGCUUGCAGGGUGGAGAUAUAUCAAGAAUUUGGAGGUGAAGGGGACUCUGAAAACCGCUUCGGAGUGGGCGAAGCUACUCCUAAGCCUGGAUCCUGAUGACCCAUACUCCAUCAAUUUGAUAAUUGAUUCACUAUUUAUUCGGGGAAGAGAGCACGAUUAUUUUAUAAAAUUGUGUUCCCAUCCAUUCUUUAGCAGCCACUGGGAGAAAUUUCCCAACAUUCAAUGUUCGCUUGCUCUGGCCUAUUUCCUGCAAGGCAAGCCAGCCGAAUGUCGGUCGCAACUCCGAAAAGCAAUGUCUCGAUACCCUUGGAUCUUUUGUCGUUUGGCACAGGAACUGAACAUUGAACCCAUACCAGAACGAAUAUGGGGAGUGCAGGCGCCCAACCAAGCCCACGAAAUGUUCUGCGAACUCUACAUUGCUCGAGCUAAAGGUAUUUGGAAUACACCCGAGGCUAUAUCUGUCUUCGUCGAAGUUGGAGAUACUCUCGCAGCAAUUAGUGGGGAUGUGGAGCCUCCUGAGAUCACACUUGGCGUCGCCCGCCAUGUUCUAUUGUCAGAUAUCCCGUCAGUCACUACUCAUCUUCCUCGCCACUUUGUUGCAGGGCGCAUAUCGGCCUCCGACCCACUGCCCCCGGGCCAGCCAAUAGCGGAUCCAUCUUUCAAUACUCACCCUGCGAGGAUAUUUGACGUCGCAAGGGAGAUGUUUGGGCUCAAUAGACAAGCAGUUGCAGUUGAUGGCGAUUUGGAGAACAGGCAGGGGGGUUCUGAAAAUGAACCACUACCGCAUCCUCAUCCAGGCGAGAGUGGUGACAACUUGGAUGAAGAUCAGGCUGAUGCUGACGCACCAUCGCAUCCUGAAGAGUAUCUCUUCAACCGUGGAUUACGUGAUUUGCAAGAUUUCUUGCUGGUUAAUGGGGUGGAUCGCGGAAACUGGGAUGUAGACAACGACCCAAAUCCGGUAACCGAUUGGGUUAGGGCACUACGUCUGCUGGACCCCGAUGUUUGGGAUUCUAUCAUACAGGAUGCGGCGUCUGAACUCAACUCACCGUUGGUUGUUGAUUUACUCUUGGAAGAGCUGCAAGUUCAAGCAGGUGGAAAUAGAUAA